AGCACUCGACGUGUGGAGAGUAGUGUGUUCAGAUGUCGGGUAACAGUUUAUUACAGAGUGGCUCUCAGGCUUACACUCCUGAGCCGGGGGAUUUGCUCCCCGAGCUGAACGGGCCAGACCUGGCCAUGUCCCUCAGCCCCAAACACCAGCACACGACACCAUUUUCCGUCACCGACAUCCUCUCCCCGAUCGAAGAAGGCUACAGAAAAUUGGAUCUCAGCCCGUACAGGAGCGGAGGAUCGACGGGAGGAGGAUCCACGGGCACCGUACCCAGCCCUCCGCAACCGAACCCCUACAUGCACGUACACCACCAGUUUCCUGCCCAGUACUGCAACACGACGGACAUCUCGUACGGCAACACGCCGGGAUGGUACGGAGCCUCGCCCAACGAUCCCAGGUUCGCAAUAUCGAGGCUAAUGGGUUCGGGAGGCGGAGGAACGGUGAACAUGGGCAACAUGACCGCUCUGAGCCAGUGUUCCGUCGUCGGUGAUUCUAAACCAAUGCAGUUUCCACUGACACAAAGGAGAAAAAGGCGAGUCCUCUUCACACAAGCACAGGUGUACGAGUUGGAAAGGAGAUUCAAACAACAGAAAUACCUUUCUGCCCCCGAGCGGGAGCACCUGGCGAGCCUGAUACACCUCACCCCCACACAGGUGAAAAUAUGGUUCCAAAACCAUAGGUACAAAUGUAAAAGGCAAGCGAAAGAAAAAGCGAUGGCCGAACAAAAUGCUCAGAAUCAGGGAGGGAGUUCACCGAGGAGAGUGGCAGUACCCGUCCUGGUGAAAGACGGCAAGCCGUGUUCCGGAGCGGCGGGCGAAGUCCGACAGCAGCACUGCCCAAACCACACCCACCAGCAACAGCAGUUGAUCUACCAGCGGCAGCAACACCACCAGCAACAAGCCAACAUGUGCCCUUCUUACCUCCCUCUCCAGACGAGGGCUUGGUAAUCUUCACUCGAUAUAGUACAACAAACCUUCAUCCUAGUCCCUUAUGUCAGUUAGUAACUUCAGAAAACAACAAAAAAAAGUUUAAAAAAUAUAUGCUUAAGAAGUGGGAGACAGAUAAGAGAUUGUACGAUCGAUUAGGUGCCAAGGGCCCCGAACUGACAAUACGACAUAUAAUAUUUAUGUCUCGUACUUAAUUUCGGCACUAAGUCCAGUGUCUUUGCAAUAAUAUAUUAUAGGCACACAAUAAUAAUUUUAAAAAACAGCAGAGAAUUGUAAUAAAAGUUAUAAAUAAGAUUUUUUUAAAUGUGAUUGUCGUGUAAUCAACAUUGUAGAUUAGUUAUUAUGCUUAAUGAUAUUUAUACAACAAAAAGCACAGUAUAUGUACUGGAAGAGGGUUUGACACGUGUGUGCGACCCGGGGAAGCAACCCCGUUGUAAAUUGUUAUUUCAAAAAAAAAAAUCGAACAAAAAAUGAGUCUUGUAAAUAUUUAAGUUAUUUUCAUUG